CAGCGACGGUCCCGCACAGGCGGGGUCGGCCUAUCCGGCGAUCGAUGGCCAGCCCGCCUGCAGGUCGCGACGUCCGGUCGGCGGAGGCGAGCCGGCCGGAGCCCGCCUGCCUGGAGGCGCAGAAAUGGAUCGAGGCGGUGACAGGGAAGAGCUUCGGAGACAAGGACUUCCGCGGCGCGUUGGAGAACGGCAUCCUGUUGUGCGAGCUCCUCAGCGCGAUCAGACCUGGCCUGGUCAAGAAGAUCAACAGAUUGCCCACCCCCAUCGCCGGCUUGGACAACCUGUCCGUCUUCCUGCGGGGCUGCGAGGAACUCGGCCUGAAAGGCUCGCAGCUCUUUGACCCGGGAGACCUCCAGGACACCUCCAUCCGAGCAAAUCUCAAGGACUCCGACUGCAGCCGCAAACUAAAAAACGUCCUGAACACCGUCUUCUGGCUGGGAAAAGCCGCCAGCGGCCGCACCUCCUACGGCGGACCCGCGCUGGACCUCAAGGAAUUUGAGGGGCUGCUGGCGAACAUGAAGGUGGACAGCGAGGAGGCGGGCGACGGCUCGCAGAAGCGCGGCGUUCGAGACAGCGGUUACGACUGCUGGGAUUCCGAGCGCAGCGACUCACUCUCGCCACCUAGGCACACUCGAGACAACUCUUUAGACAGUCUGGACUCGGUUGGUUCGCGUUCGCAGCACAGUCCUUCUCCCGAUGUGGCCAACCGAGGGAACGCGGAAGGAAAAGAUGGCGACCUGGAAGCGGACGGCAGCAGGAGGCUUGACGUGCAGAAGGACGACAUGUCGGCCCGGCGUGUGGCCAGCGGUGAGGCGCGCGCCCCUGUUGUCUUCAAUCAGUUCCUGCCCAAUCGGAGCAAUGCCGGCUCCUACGUCCUGAACACGAGGCGCAGACCUCAUGCCGAGGACAGAGAGCAGCGCAGGAGCGCGAGCAUGAGCGACAUGGUGGACCAGGACGAGGCCGGACACUUGCCGCCGCCGCUCAGCCUGUCACGCUACGAGCGCAUGCACGAGCAGUACAACAACUUCCAAGACGAGGACGACCAGUGGCAAAGUGACUUGGCCCGUUGGAAGAACCGCCGCCGCUGCGCCUCGCAGGAGCUGAUCAAGAAGGAAGAGGAAAGGAAGAGGAUGGAGAGGCUGAACGGGGAGGGAAGAGACAAGAGGAAGAGCAUCAAGACCUACAAGGAGAUUGUAGAGGAAAAGGAACGGCGAGAGGCAGAGCUGUGCGAGGCGUACCGCAACGCGGCGUCGCCAGAGGAAGCGGCCGGGGUUCUGCAACGUUACGCUCUCCGAUUCACCAUCAGCGAUGCCACGCUGGACUUCUUAAAGCUACCGCGCUCCACCGCGAACCCCGACGCGGUCCAAAACCAGGCCAACCACAAGCACAAAACCGUUCCCGAUGACUCCGAGCCAGAAUCAACACAACAGAAGACGUGUGGAGACUUACACAGUGGGGUGAAAAGAGAUCCACUGUCUUCAGACAGCACAGUUCCUCAAUCCCAAGAAACCCUCGAAUCUCCGAUCCAAACAUCCCCUCCUAAACCAGAACCAGCUAGCGAAGUGGACGCAAAACCCCAACCUAAACCUCCAAAGCCCAAACCUCCAACGUCUCACCCAGCAAAGACCGUACUCGCGUUCCCCUCGGCGCCGCCGCAGCCGCCUUCCCGUCCCGUCCCCCUGCUGGCUGCCAAGCCCUACUGCCAGCCACGCAGCUCACAUGGAGUCAAGAUGGACGGUCUAGUACGUGUGAAUGGCGACACGGACAGUUUGCCAGUGCAUUCGCCGUCAGAGAAGGACAACCUGGUCAUCCAGGCGGAGAUGGAGGUCUCCUCUCUGCCAGAGAUCCGGGACUGGUCGCCUCCUCCCCAGGCGGCGACUUCCUCCUCAUCUUCCUCAUCCUCCUCGUCUUCCUCGUCCUCCACCAUCAGCUCGCUGUUCAGCGGGAGGAACUGCAUCACCAAGACCACCAUCGUCACUGAACUCACGCAGACCCUGGUGGAGCCCCACGGCCUGGAGAACAGCCACAGCCAGGCGAAUGGCAGCGCGUCCGUCGAGAAAGCGGCGGAGGAGCAGCCAAUUUCAUCGUCGACCUCAAUAACCAGCAUACAGGAGAAUUGUCCCAGUGUCGCAGAAGGCCAAGAGGAGAGCAGCACGAGCGAACAGUACAAGAAGGAACAGGAGAAGCUGAAGAAGGAGUGGGAAAAAGCUCAGCUGGAGGUACAGGAGGAAGAGCGCAAGCACAACGAAGAGGAGAGGAAGAUCCUGGAGGAGACUGUAGCGCCUCUGAAAACCUGCGUGGGGACCGUGUCGCCCCCUCCUGGAGACAAAGAAAAUAUCGGCCACCUCGCACCCUUGCAGCAGAAUGGCCACAAAGACUCGAGAGGAAGCGAAGAGCCGCACGCGUCCAAGCUUCACUUCUUCCAAGAUGCCGUCGAUGUUACCGAGCCAGCCAAAAAGUCCGAAUUGUGGAAGACGGCCUCUCUGGACCGGAACACUCAGCCGAACCUACCACAGGGCGUCAAAAGGUGCGAUUCCCACGACGGCGUCGCCGGAACACACCAGCCGUCGUCCUCACCCUUGCCUCCGUCGCCCAGCAGGUGCAUUAGCAAAAAGAGGCAAUGCUCGGGUUGCUCUCAGCCCCUGGGAAAAGGAGCGGCGAUGAUCAUCGAAUCGCUCGGCCUCUUCUUCCACAUGCAGUGUUUUAAGUGCGACGCGUGUGAGGGGCAGCUCGGCGACGCCAGCGCCGGGACGGACGUGAGGAUCCGGAAUGGGCUGCUGAGCUGUCAGCGCUGCUACGUAGCAUCUACAACUGAGAAGAAUGUCGGCCGACGACAGCCCACAACAUUAUGAUGAUCUGAAAAACCCCCGGACCACCAACCCUCAUAAAACUUCACUCAAAUAUCUAAAUGGACCCCGCGUGAUCUAAACCUACACACACGGUGUGUUUUUGUCAGCGUGACCGGUUGUAUUUAUGACUAGAUAAAGCACACUACAUCAACAGGAAUAAUAUUACAGUGAACCCCCAUUUUUAUUCCAGGACGUAUGUUCGAAACCAACCCACAAAUUUGUCAAAAUCUGUAAUAUAAAUCUGUAAAAUAAAAUACCACUCACACUUACUAUAAGUUUAUAAAAAAAAAAAAAACACUGCAAAAGUGGCACAUAAAACAAAAGACGAGGAAUUAAAUCCAGUUUGGCAAAUCGUAAAGAAUUCAAAAAAGAGGCUUGAAGGUGGUUUUCGCUGCUUUACUGUCAAACUAAACAUCAAAUAAAGAGAAUUACACAUCGUGUAUUUUAAAGGGGAAAUCCACUGGUUUGCACGAACAAUGUAUCGAAUAGACCAUGUAAAUAUGUACUCUAUUUUGACAAUGUUAAAUCCUCUCUCAUUUCAUAGUGUUUUGACAAGAUGUUUAUUGACAAUUACGAAUUUUCAGGGGCGCUGCCAUUUUCGCGAGUCACAUGACCUUAGUGGGCGGAUGUGACGUAUUACGUGCCCUUCCAAACGCUCAAUUAUAUGGGACACCAUUUAUGCCCAGCGCUUAUUUCUCGGAUUUAUCGUGAUCUGAUGGGGAGUGAGCUAACGGCCUCCCCGGACGCCGGAGCUCGGCUAACGGCCUCCCCGACCGCCGGAGCUCGGCUAACGCCCUCCCCGACCGCCGGAGCACGGCCAACGGCCUCCCCGGACGCCGGAGCUUGGCUAGCGGCCUCCCCAGCCGCCAAAGCUCGGUUAACGGCUUCCCCGACUGCCGGAGCUCGGCUAACGGCCUCCCCGGCCUCCAAAACUCAUCUAACGGCUUCCCUGGCCUUCGAAGCUCGGCGAACGGACUCCCCGGCUGGUGAAGCUCGGCAAACGGCCUGCUUGGACGCCGAAGCUUGGCUCGCGGCCAGCCGCCGGAACUCGCUCGUCAGACUCCGCGUCACUCCCGGGGUAUUUGUUUACGCACUUAUGUCCCACACGUCGGCCUCCGAAUAGUCAGACUCCGCGUGAUUCCGCCCAAAGAACCAUCCGAAUAUUCAACAUUAUUUUCAGUCACAGGUUCAAAUCUGUACGGAAGUAUUCCUCCGUCUUCAACCGAUCAACCGAUACUGCUUUUUCUUCAUCAGAUGAGGAUAAAUACGAGAAAUCGGCGCUGGGCAUAAAUGGCGUAAUCGAGCCUUUGGUGCGGCACCUUACACGUCACAUCCGCGCAUGUAAGUCAUGUGACUCGCAAAAAUGGCAGCGCCCCUGAAAAUUCGUAAUCUUCUCAAAAUGCUAUGAAGUGAGAGAGGCUUUAACAUCCUAUUUUCAAGAUACAGUACAUAUUACAUGACUUUUUGGAUAUAUAGUUCAUGCAAACCAGUGGAUUUCCCCUUUAUUAAAUAACUACAUAGGUCAGCCUUACGAGAGUCUCUUCAUUUUGAAGCUGACCUAUAUGAACAAUGCUAUUUACAUGUUAAUAUUAGCAUCCAUAGUUGCUGUUAGAAACCUGGAAAGGAUAUUUGCAAACAGUGCAACCGAUACAUUUACACGUAUUAGAUAAAAAUAACGACACGCGUACGUUCUCUCCUCGACUUAUAUUACAGUGAUUUACUGAGUAAAUCUACCUUCAAAAUCUGACAUAUUGUGUUGGUGCACGAUAUGGAAUAUGAAUGGUGUAGGGGGGACGGGGGUGGGGUUCACUGUACAUCAACUGGAGUAAUAAACAGCACACACUACAAGACUAAUUUCUUCUACUGUUGGUAGCACAACCAUUUUAAUGCCUUACCUUCUCCCUUUUCUUCCAUUUUUCACAAUUUUGCAUGAACAUAAGUUAUUGCAAGUAUGAGUUUGACAACAUCAACAGUUUGUUGUACACUUUUAUCCGCUUUGCAUGUUGGCUUUGAACCUUUUUUUUUUUCAUCCCUCCAUUAAGGAGACUUUCAACCAGUGCCUUAAUUCAGUGUGUGUGUGUGCGGGACUAUUACACGUGGACCUCUAAAUGUGUGUGUGUGUGUGUGUGUGUGUGUAUGAAGUGAUAUGAAGUAAAAUUCCAUACCAGCAAAGUAAAACGAGUUUAUUAGCUUCCUUCUCUCGUCUCGAGCUUAAACCAAUGACACGUAUGUAAUAACUGCUGCUUCCCUAAUGAUUAUUUGUAGCGUUAUCAAAAGAUCCCUUCAAAAUAAGAGCUGCCCGCGUUCCUCCGUGACUUCUCCUUUCUUCCGUCCGACGAAUGUUCUGCUCGCCGUCUUUUGUAGCCGCUGUACGUUUGUCAAUAAAACUGUGUA